AUGAUGGAGAUUGGGACCAUGGUGCUGCACGAUGAUGUGCCAAACGUGACGUGGAAGCGGUAUUUGCUUCCGGAGGAUGAAGUGAUUCAGCACGAUCUCGUGGUGGCGGCGUACUCUCUCAGCGAAAUUGCAACAGCGGAGAAUCGUCGACAGGUGGUGCAACAACUAUGGAAAAUGACAAAGGGUGUUCUUGUGCUUGUGGAGUUUGCCAACCUUAAUAACUUUAACCUUCUCAUGGAGGCGCGUGAUUGCCUUCUCGAGGAGAAGGAUGUUGGUUUAUGGGACUGGCAGCCUACUAUUGUUGGUCCAUGCCCACACGAGCAACGUUGCCCGUUGCGGCACUGCAAGGCGGGUGUGAAGCGCAAACGUAUGCGUAUAUGCAGCACAGAGGCGCAGUAUCGUGCCACCUUUGUUGAGGUGUGGGCACGACAUAUGCCCUUGAAGAUUGGAGUUGAACCCAUUAGCUAUUUAAUUUUUGCACGUAAUGAGCUCGUCCCUGAGCGAGCGCUUCGUCGGCAGGAGCAGAUGAAGAAGGCGGAGGAGGCAAAACAGCAGGAGAGGGAUGCAAAACAACGUGAGUUGUAUAAGGCCGCACUUGCUGUGAAGGAUGUUGUGUUUGAGCGUCUCAGUGAUGAGGCCCUGCACCGCCCUGAGACAGGUGUACCCUCCCCUCUGCAGCACAACCCCUCCGUGGAGGAGGCGAAACCACUGACGCCGCUGGAGGCGGCUCUGCAAGAUGGCGCAGUCAGCACGGGGGAGGUUGGACAUAUGCCAACAGACGUUCCACGCCUUGUCAAGACGGGUAACACGCGCCACAACAAACUCAUUUUUCCACUCCAAAUGCCUCCCGCGACUCACAAGUUUAACCGUGCCUUUGUGGACGCCGGCUAUCAGCGACAGCGUGCCAUCACACCAGCAGAGAUGCUCGUCGUGCGCCAAGAGGUGGGUCAAAUGCGCCGGCGCGUGAUGCGAAUGGCGUCAAAGUACAUGCGUGUGGUGCGUGACCCACAGUGCCGGGGAAAAGUUCAGGCUGAUUUUUGUACACCGGACGGUGAUCUUGUUAGCGGUCGGGUCUACCGGCGCUUUUACGGUGACCGCAACCGCGUCAGCGCCCACAGUACGAUGCGAUGGCAGCACAUUGGUGGUUGGAAGCUGUUGAAGCGGAUCAAGCGGGGCUCACUUUUCCCACACGACGUGCCACUUUACGCUGUCACGAAGCACCCACAAGUGGAUUUCCCCAACACGCUGAUUGACGUGCGCCACUCCACGGUGGAGCAGACGGCGAUGCAGCACAACGACCCCCUGUUGCUGGUAGAGACGCCCGACGAUCAGCUUAGUCGUGAGGAGCUGCGUUUGAAGCGGCGGGCGCAGCGGGACGCUGAAUUGCAGCAAAAGGUGGAAGGAAAAUUGGAGGAGCUUUUUGGCGCCAAGAUAAAGCAGGACGCGAACAUGGGUGGCGGGCGUAUUGACUCCCGUCGCGUGAUCACCGAGCAAGAGUGGGCAGAUGCCGUGCGUCGCGCCAAAAUACGCACGAUUCAACACACCAAGAACGCCGUGCCGUUUGCAGCAAAGAGACGCGCCGCACAGCGUGCCAUGCAGGUGCGGCGUCGGAACGUAAAACGAGAGAUGGCGUCGAACAGGCGACGGUAG